AUGGAAUUCAGGGUACAUGCUAAUGAGGAGGAAGAUGAGGAAAUCGUUUCGUACCAGGUGCUUGAGCUGCCUGUUCAGCUGCCCGUCCAGAAGCCUCCAGUUGACAAGCCCAACCCAAAACAAGGAGUUGGCCUCAUUCAGUGGAGUGCUGAUGGGGAGUAUCUAGCCACCCGCUGCGAUGACAUCCCAACCGUCCUUUGGAUCUGGGCGGCUCGGCGCAAGUUUGAGCUGGCGGCGGUGCUACUGCAGCGGCAGCCAAUCAGAGCGGCAGCCUGGCACCCGUCAGUUCCUUGCAUUGCAUUCUGCUCCGGUACACCACAUUUAUUUACGUGGAAGCCGGUAAAAGUAAGCGAUGGUGGAAGCAAGAAAAGGGUUGAUGGUGGUGGAAGCAAUGAAGGGGUUGAUGGUGUUGAGGCAGCAAAGACAGUAGUACAAAAGGAAAAGGACGCUGCCUCGAAUACCGCCCUCCAUUUCUCGGCUUUCCCGUGUUGCUCGGUAUCAGAAUCCUGGGAAUACCAUCUGGAAUCAGAAUCUUUCGUCGCUUGCGUUGCUCUGUCUCGACGAGGCGUGUCGACGAGGCGUGAAACAGCAGACAUGGAUCCGCUUGACGAGCUUAUGAAGCUGCAGGAGGAGUACGACAAACUGGAAUCCGUCUAUAACGAGGAUGUGUCCAAGGCUCUUAAGGCUUAUCAGCGAACAUGCGACCCGCUCUUCGAGAGGCGAAAGCAAAUCGUGUGUGGAGAUUCAGAGCCGACAGAGGAGGAGGCAGCCGUUGCAGACCCAGACGAGGAAGAUGAAGAGGAAGAGGAGGAGGAGGGAGGAGGAGAGCAGCAGCAAGGAGGGAGGGUGGCGAAGGCGCCUAAAGACGUGCCCAAGUUCUGGCUCACAACUUGUCUUUUCCUCUGGCUGCUCACUCUCCCUGUCCCUAUCACCUCCCUUCUCUCCCAUCACUCCCUUCCCCUCUUCUCUACCCGCCCGCCCUCACAGGAUGCCGUAGCGGAGUUCAUUCACAAGUGGGAUGAGGAGGCAUUGGAGAGCCUAAAGGAACGUGCGUGUGCGGAUAGUCCUGUGAACUGCCUCACUCUAUUCUCCCCUCCCCUCCCCUCCCCUGCCCUCCCCUUUCUGCCAUCACAGGAUGCUGUAGCGGAGUUCAUUCACAAGCGGGACGAGGAGGCAUUGGAGAGCCUAAGGGACGUGCGGGUUCGCUUUGUUAAAGCUGCUGGUGACAACAGCGGGGGUGCCUCUGAUAAGGGCACAGGCGGUACAGUCACGCGGCUGGAGCUACACUUCGGCCCCAACGCGUUCUUCUCUAACAAAUCGCUCUAUAUCGAGACAGUGGAGAUGGCUACAGGAGGAGGGGGAGACGAGGGGGAAAUGGGGGAAGAAGAGGGGGAAGGGGGCGGAGGGGCAGGGGGAGGAUCGGUGGUGGUGGUGAAAGAGGUGUCAGAGAUUCAGUGGAAGGGCGUUGAGAAGAAUCUGACUCUGCGACAGAUUGUGAAGUCCGGGAAAAAGGGAAAGGGUGGCAAGGGGAAGAAAGGAGCAGGUAGGGAAGCCGAGCCUCCUGCGACAGUCAAGACCAAGCCUUGCCCUUCCUUCUUCAACUUCUUCACUCUCUCGCGCAACAUGCGAGGCAAUAAAGCCACAGCCCAGCACAGCAGCAAGGGGGGGAGGAGCAGAGGCGGGGACGGAGAGGAGGGAGAUGAGGGGGAGGAGGGAGACGAGGAGGAAGGGGAGGAAGAGGAGGGGGGGUGGGAGGGUAUGCCUGUGUUUGGGGGGGAGGAUCUGGGGGAGGUGGUUCUGAAGGUGCCUCAGGAGCGGGUGUUAUCUGACGGCAAGAUGGACGUCUGGCAAGCGCUGUGCAACGAGGUGGUGCCCAGGGCAGCUGACUUGUUCACGAGCACAGGCUUUGGGGAGGAGGAGGGUGGCAUGGUGGGUGGUGGUGUUGAUGAUGAUGAUGCUGAUGUGGCAGACGAGGAGGGGUACGAGCACGUUCGGCGCCCAUCUUCCGGACCUCAUCGGCUGGUUCGGCGCCGGAUCAGAGCGUUGAAGCACCUGCAGCAGAAGCAGCAGCAGGCAGAGCGGGCAAGAGAAGCAGCCAUUGCUGCUGCUCGCGCCUCGCUGAGCGAACGCUCCUCCGGCAUCUUUGCUCGGCGCAAGGCGGUUGUUAUCGGCUCCAAGGCCCUUGACAGUGGGGACCCUUCCCUCGCCCGCCUCCCCCGCUUCUGGCUGCUGGUCCUGCGCUCUGUGCCCUGCCUUGUCGAGACCAUUCGCCGCCGCGACCACCCGCUCCUCGCACACCUCUCUGACAUUCGCUGGAGGCCGCUUCAGGGCAGCGGAGAGGAAGGAGAGGAGAGAGAGGAGGGAGAGGCGGUGGAGGAGGGGGAGGAGGGAGGGGAUGGGGGAAGGGGAGGAGGUGGAGGGAAGGGUGAGAAGGCCGAGUGUGGGAAGGGGGAGUCAGGGUUUGUGAUAGAUUUCGAGUUCCUGCCCGGAUGCAAGGAAUGGAUGGCCAAUCGCGUGCUUUCAAAGGCGUAUUUUUUCCGGACCCGGGCAGGCAGGGGUGGUGGCGGCAGCGGCGUCGGGGCAGGAGGUUCGGCGGGUGCCGAGGCUGGGGCGUUGGUUCGGGUGGAAUGUAGGACACCGAUUGUGUGGGAGGAAGGGAUGGAGUUGACACUGAAGGAGGUGCAGGACAGCAAAGGCCGGCUUCGAGUCAAGCCCUGCCCCAGCUUCUUCCAGCUGUUUGACGACAAUCGCUGCCACCUGGCGUUUGCUGGUGACGAGGCGGUCCACCUGUCGGCUUCUGAGUUGCUGGAGAGGGAGGCUGACGUGGCGCUUGCCCUGCGUGACGUGGCGAUCCCGCGUGCUGCUGAGCUGUACAGGCAGGCAAAGGAGUGGGAUCAUGGGGAUGAGGAGGACGAGGAGGAGGAGGAGGAGGAGGAGGAAGAGUCAGGGGAGGAGGAUGAUUACAAUGCAGACAAGGGGCGGAUGCCUCUCGGUUUCGCGGAAUCUCGAGACGAGGAGCGCAGACACAUGCCGCCUUCCGCGCAUGCACCCCCAUCCGCGCAUGCGCCUUCCGCCGCGCCACCCGGGCAGGCACCCGCGCUGAUGCCCCUCCCGAACGGCGCGCUGUUCGGUUCCACCGUGCCCCUGCAGCAGCAACAGCAGCUGCUCCAGGCGCGCGACGGGGAGGGCGCGCACGCGCAACUCCAUGCGCCGCAGCAGGGGCUGAAGGCGGCGCAGCAGGCGCCGCAGCAAGCGGGCCAGCCCGGGUUUUUCAACGGUCACCAGACAGAAUCUCUAGGCAAACCCCCCGCACCCCCGGCUCUCGCUUCUCCGCCCUCGUUAUCCUCCAAGGCCCCCGCGGAGGUUCAUCCGCCGAUGGAGCCGCUUCCGCCGCUUCUUCCGCCCCCCGCAAACCCCAACUCUUCCACCGCCGCCGCUGCGUCGCUCCCGUCAAUCGGCCGGCCCCUUCCUUCUCUUGCGAACAGCACCCGCGGGCUCCCGUUUGGCGGAACCGGCGUAGCCGGCGCGAGCUCCACGGGGAACACCAUGGGCACCGCCGCCCCGCCGCCGACCACCACCGCCAACUACACGACUCCCGCGGGCCGGUUGCGCGUUGGUUCACAUCUUCCCCUACUCGGCGGACGGUUCCGCUUCCGCGCAACGAUCUCGGAAGGCGGGUCUGCGCGCGUGUUCGAGGCGGUGGAUACCGCAGGCAGCUCCGCGGCUGGCGCAAGCGGAGGAGGCGCGCUCGGGGGAUUACCAACGGCGUCUGAUCUUCAACGGGGGUCGAAUCUAAACCAGAAUCAGAGUCAGCUACAGCCGACCGUUGUGAUUAAGGCCAUGCACCGGCAAUAUCGUGAGCUUCACGGGUCGCUCCUCGAUUACCUCUGUCGCCGGGCCGUCGAAGACGCCUCCGCGAAGCCCGCCGCAUCAGCCGCCGCGUCUCCCGGCGGCGCGUCCGCAUCGUGCACUUGCGCGGAAAGUCCCGUUGCGGAGGGCGCGCGGAGCGUACCAGUUGCGCGCGCGCCAGCGUUCCCCGACAGAGUGGAGGACGUCCGCGCGGUUGCGCGCCAAGUGCUCACGGCGCUCGCGGCGGUCCAUUCGAUUGGGUUCAUCCACGGGGAUAUCAAGCCCGAAAAUAUCCUUCUCGCUGCGCCGAUUCCUAGCGGAACCGCUGCGGUUGCUGCAGGCGCGUCGGGUUCGGGGGGCCGGGUUUGCCUGGUGCAUUCGCCGCGGCCGGCGCCGCUGAAUAUCAAACUCGCUGAUUUUGGAAAUUCGUUCAUGCAGCGGCAGGUGAAGGAUUUGUGUCGGGAUUUUGAUGUUCAGACGCUCGCGUACCGGGCACCUGAAGUUUUGCUCGGGCUGCCCUUUGAUAAGAGUAUCGAUCUCUGGUCGCUGGGGUGUGUACUUUCGGAGCUCGCGAUUGGCCGGUUGCUUUUCGUCUGCGAUUCACCCUCGCAACUGCUUCGCCAGAUGGUGGAGAUGCUCGGGUUACCCCCUCCCGCGAAGCUGUUUCGCAACGGAAAGCUCUUCCCGCAGCUGGCGAGGAGCGCGCGCGUGUAUCCGUCGCAGCAGCUGGAGGAGAUCGCAGGAGACGCGGAUGGCGAGGGCGGGAAGGCUGCAGGCGACGACGACUCAGCGGAGAAGAACCAUGCGACGAUUCGGCGUGGUCGACUUGGCCGAAUGCUGUUACAGCACGACCCUCUUAUGGCGGAGCUUAUAUUCUCCCUGAUGGAGUACGACCCAGCUAAACGGCCCUCCGCUCAGCAGGCGCUAUUUCAUCCUUUCAUCCAGACCUCCAAGAACGCGCAACCAUCAGCGCCUCCGCUCGUCCCCUCCUCCCCCGCACCCUCCGCCUCCGUCCCAGCCCCCUCCGCCUCCGUCCCCGCCUCCCCCGCGCUUCCCCCGCUCCCUGCCUUCACCGCACCCCGCACCGCGCCUCCAAUCAAACCCGAGCCUGUCUUCGAGCGCUCCGCCUCCUACCCUCUCACGUCAGGCUCGGCAGGAGCGGAAAUGCGGGGGGCGGAAAUGGGGGCAGCGGAAAUGCGGGGGGCGGAAAUGUGGCGGCAGCAAGAGGGGGAGCCGGAGGCAGCGGGGCGUUGGGUGGGGUAUGCGCAGGGGGAAGCGCGGGGGGCGGGGCAGCGGGGGCGGGGGAAGCGGCUGGGGGAGAGAGUGGGCGCGCGGGUUGGUCUGCAGGCGCUGGUGCUUCUGGGGGGAACCAGCAGCAGCAGCACCAGCAGCAGCAGCAGCAACAGCAGCAGUAGCAGCAGCAGCAGCAGCAGCAUAACUAUCAAUAUCAGCAGCAGCAGCAGUUGCAACAGCAACAGCAGCAGCAGCAGCAGCAGCAGCAGCAGCAGCAGCAGCAGCAGCAACAGCAGCAGCAGCAGCAGCAGCAGCAGCAGCAGCAGCAGCAGCAGCAGCAGCAGCAGCAGCAGCAGCAGCAGCAGCAGCAGCAGCAGCAGCAGCAGCAGCAGCAGCAGCAGCAGCAGCAGCAGCAGCAGCAGCAGCAGCAGCAGCAGCAGCAGCAGCAGCAGCAGCAGCAGCAGCAGCAGCAGCAGCAGCAGCAGCAGCAGCAGCAGCAGCAGCAGCAGCAGCAGCAGCAGCAGCAGCAGCAGCAGCAGCAGCAGCAGCAGCAGCAGCAGCAGCAGCAGCAGCAGCAGCAGCAGCAGCAGCAGCAGCAGCAGCAGCAGCAGCAGCAGCAGCAGCAGCAGCAGCAGCAGCAGCAGCAGCAGCAGCAGCAGCAGCAGCAGCAGCAGCAGCAGCAGCAGCAGCAGCAGCAGCAGCAGCAGCAGCAGCAGCAGCAGCAGCAGCAGCAGCAGCAGCAGCAGCAGCAAGCAUACAUCUCAACACCAUCUUCUGUCACCACCACUAGCAGCAGCAACCCCGCUCACCGUAUUACUCAGCUCCCCUCCCUCACCCCGCUUCCCAAUCCCGCCCUCCCGCUCCCCCCUCCGCGCCCCCCCCCCGCCCCUUCCCCCUGCAUCUGCGCCCUCUCCUUCUUACCCCCCCUCCCACCCCCCACAAACUCCUGCUCUCCGCCCCUACCCUUCCACCCCUUACACUCACUCCCAAACCCACCCAAACAUCCCCACCACUCCUGCUGCCACCCCCGCUACAAGCACACCCGCCAGCAGCAACCCUCUCGGUCACUGUCUCUCUCUGCUGUUGCCAGCCCAGCAAAUGCAUCCACGGGGACAGAACAAGGACAAUUUUACAGAGGCACGAGCAACUAUGGAAGCAUGA